AUGAAAUCUAUCUCCUCUGCUGUUCGCUGUCUCCUUGCUGCUCACCAACAAGCGCAGCAACAACUGCAGCAAGCGUCCGAGCGCAUGCAGCAGCUGCAGCAGGAGAAGCAGCAAACAGAGGAGCAGCUGUCUAGGGUUUGUUUGUCUCUGCGCUCAGCAGAAGCAGAGUGCUGCCGGCUGCAGCAGCUCGAUAGACAAAGAGAAACACUAGCGCUACAAACACAGGCGCAGCAGCGGUCUCUGGAGCAGCAGGCGGUUCUUAUUGACGGCCUCAAACAACGCUGCAGCACCCUGGAGGCGGAGAGGUAG